AUGACUCGACCAGAGCUAGGGGAAUCGCCAGUGCCACCAGAUGCGAACGAGAGCAUGACUGUGAUGAUUGCGAUGAAGGGUGUUGUGAUCGCAGAUGCAGAGAGAAAGAAGCCUGCAAAUGCAGCCGUCAUUGACGUGUUCGUCGGAGGGGCUUUUGAUAGCACGGUCAUGGCGGUCAUGCUGAGAGUAACGCAUGCGAUCUACUUCGACACUCUGAGUCUGUUCUUCUGUGAAAAGGCGGGGAACCUUGCAUUUGUCGUGCAGGACCCGCCUCUGGCCAAGUUCGGAACGACCCUUCCUCACACGUCAGCAGCUGAGGACGCCAAGCAUCCACAAUUUGCUUUCCGCAACCCAGUCAAAAUUACAAUGACCGAUUUGUUCACUGCUUCAAACGCCUCUUUGUGA